AGAAAACCCCCAUUUCUGCCGUGGCCUGACAUCGGACACUUAACAAAGUGGUCCGUGUCUUCGUACAAGUUUGGCUUCGGCCCGGAAUGUCUGCGUGAUGACGAUCCAGACACGUUCUGCAUGCGGAACUCUCCAUAUCCGCUAACAAUCGUAACGCACACCCGCUCACCCGGUUUUUUUCCCAGAAACUCAGCAUAUACCUCAGUAGCGACCAUCGCCGUGGGUGCCGGAACAGGGCUCCAUGAUCUGCAAGACGUGCAAGCCAUCCAUCUGGACAAACCUGACGGUUGGACCACGUUCGACGCGUCUGCCGAGCCGAGCCCUGACGGUGCCAACGGUCUUAAACGGAUUCACGCGUACGUUAUCCAAGUGAUCAUCCUCACGAACCACAUGAACAGCAAAGAUACCCAUGUCCGCGGGCUGCGCGUCCUCGGACCUAUCGAGUGCGUGAUGAUCGGACACUUCCGUACCUUCUUGCAUCACUCAUCCCUAUCCGCAGAGAGCUUCCUCAGAUAA